GAAGGGGCCUUGAUGGAAGAAAGGAGGACAUCGUCUUGUCAGCAAACAACACUUACAGUUUACAAUUCUUGGAACGCAAAAGACGCGUGUGAAAAUCACUGAGGAAGGAUACAACGUCGUACAGAAGUUAAUUAAGUUUUUAUCGCCGGAGUCACGCGUUCUAUGUCUAAAGCGUAUGGUUCUAGCGGGAUAUAAAUGUUUCACCACAAAAUUGAAAGUGUUUGAAAUGACAGUCGGUACAGUGAGGAUAAAGCAUAAUAACAUAUUGUCUUUCUUUACCGUCCAACAAGAUGAUUUACUUACACUGCGGACUUGCACAACCUUUCUCUCCAAUUUACUUUUUGGUUGCAGCGGGGAUCUUGGCGAUGUUUAACAACAGUAAAACAUUUGGAUUUGAACAAGAGACGGAGAGCUUUCUACAGGGGCUUCCGCAGUACGAGGUCGUUCACCCCUACCGAGUGGACGCCAAAGGUCACUUCCUGUCCAACUUUGUGUCCCACCGCGUCAGCCGGGUACAGCGGAGGGAAACCCAGGGGGAACCAGGAAACCCUACACGGGUGUUCUACCAGUUGCAGCACGGUGGCCACAAUCUGCACUUCAACCUCACCCUCAACCCACACCUGCUGGCUCCUGGCUUCCUGACUGAGCGAAGGUACGGUGGCAUGGAGGGGGCCAAAAUACGCAGCCAUGGCCCUUCGCUGUGCCACUUUAUCGGGGACGUGUGGGACCAGGCAACCAUGAAGGGGAGGGCGGCUAUAAGCACUUGUGACGGCCUGACUGGGCUGUUCAAGCUGUCCCAGGAGGAGUUCUUUAUCCGGCCAUUGGAGCGGUCUAGUGAUGAGUUGAUGGCACCACAAGUCCACAUUAUCUACAAGCGCCACACUUCCCCCACCCAAAGCCAGUUGGUACAGCCCAUCUCUGGAGACCAUACCACCAACGGUACCUGUGGGGUCAAAGAUCCCGCUGCGGCGUUGGAGCGUGUGGAGAGGCAACGGGAGCGCUGGGAGAGACGCCAGCGGAGGAAGAGGAGGAUACGCCAGCGUUCCAUCAGCAGGGAGAAGUGGGUGGAAACGCUGGUGGUGGCCGAUUCCAAGAUGGUGGAGUACCACGGCACUAAGGGCGUGGAGAGCUACGUACUGGCUGUCAUGAACAUCGUGUCGGGGUUGUUUCAUGAUGCCAGCAUUGGAAACCCGAUCAACAUCGUAGUGGUUCGUCUGAUCCUGCUGGAGAAGGAAGAGGAAGACCUGAAGAUCACCCACCACGCUGACAACAGCCUGAGCAGCUUCUGUAAGUGGCAGAAACGGCUUAACGUGAAGGGAGAAGAACACGCGGUCCAUCACGACGUGGCCGUCCUUCUCACCAGAAAGGACAUCUGUACGGCCAUCAAUAAGCCCUGUGAGACCCUGGGCCUGUCUCAUGUGGCAGGAAUGUGUCAGCCCCACCGCAGCUGCAGCAUCAGUGAGGACACGGGCCUGCCGCUGGCCUUCACCAUCACCCACGAGCUCGGGCACAACUUUGGGAUUCAGCAUGAUGGGAACGGCAAUGACUGUGAGCCGAUUGGGAAAAGACCUUUCAUCAUGUCUCCACAGCUCCUGUAUGGCACCUCCACCCCCAGCUGGUCGCGCUGCAGCCGCCAGUAUAUCACCCGCUUCCUCGAUCGAGGCUGGGGCUGGUGCCUGGAUGACCCCCCCAUGCGGGACGGGCUGGAUCUGAACUCUGUUCCCCCCGGGGUCCUGUACAGUGCUGCCCACCAGUGCCGCCUACAGUACGGCUCUGGAUCCCUGCUCUGUGACGACGUGGACGUAAGACCCCUGAAUCUUAACCAAUACUUGUCUGUUUCUUCAGCAUACUCCUGCUAUCUGCAUAUCCCUCCAUGGUGUGUCCUCUCUGUCCCACAACCCUCAUCACAGCUCUCCCUUUCUCACUUCUCUUGUCCUCUGUCCUACAACCCUCAUCACAACUCUCCCCUUCUCACUUCUCCUCUUCGUGUUCUAAAGCCGAACAGCUUCAAGAAGGUCAAUGCUAACGUCAGAAUCAGACACCGCUGA